AAGAAAUAUUGGUACUUAGCAUUUACCUAAGAUGCCAAAUGCAAACGCCCACUGUUCGUUGGUCAUUGCAGCCAUGUUUGUGCAUGAAGGAAACCAUGCUAGUAUAUAUGUCCACAAGAUAUAGAGAAGCCAUCUCCCCCACUACAAACACUACCUUCUCCCUUUCAAACCCAGGACAAAAAACUCUUCUUCUUAUAUGCAAAACUCCAUUACUUGACGAUGGUACCCUAUUAAGUCACAACCCCAUAUUUCUCUCCCUCUGCUUGGCAGUACUCCCUGUAUUUCAGUUUCAAAAUAACGAUAAUUUCCUGGGCCUGCUGCGCAGGUACAGCUUUUGCUGCUGCUGCUGCCGGUGCAACAUAUGUAUACACACACACAAAACAAACAAGUAACGAAAACACGCAGAGGGAGUGAGUGUGUGUGUGUUGGUGUAUAUGGUACCUAUUUUAUUUAAAUAGACCUAUUUGUAUUGUUCCGCUCCGUUUGUAUAAAUAGGUGGCUGUUACCUUGUGUUUCUGCUCGUGGGUAAGAACAGGGAAGAAAAAGAAGAACUACAACCAUUCCAGUCUAGUUAGCAAGCAAUGGAGUUUGGUGAGAUUUUUGUGGAGAUUGUUGAGCCGCUGCUUGAAAAUUGAACUUUGGAGUUACUGGCAAAGGAGGACACUGGUGAUAACAAUGAGGUGGUGAGGUGCUCCUCGAAUGCUUCCUUACAAUGCACUCAAAGAUAACUUCAAAGAUAGAGUAGCUUGUUAUAGGUUAAGAGUUAGUCAGGGAUGAUGGAUCAUACGGUUGGAAAUUUUGUGGAGGAAAAGGAGGAGCAGGAUCAAUUAGUCGAAGAGGACUUACCUCAAGGGAUGAAGAAGGAGAGAAAAAGUCUAUGGGUUUUGCUCCAAUGGGUGGGUUUAUUUUGAUAACUUCGGCUUUAAUUUCUAGCCUUACACUUCCAAGUUUAAGAAAGAAGAAUUUGUGGAUACUUGAGUUAUGGAAGUGGGAAAUCUUGGUUUUGGUAGUUAUAUCUAGAAGGUUGAUAUCAGCUUCGAGAACAGUGUAUCAAACCCCGUCGGUCAAAUUCCGACCAUCAACAGAUACUCUGAUUCAUCAUAUUUCAGAAGCUCAUUUUCUCCUUUUAACUCGCCGACGUGAAGACUCAUCUCGCAGUAGUCUGGUUUAACAAAGAAAAAGAAUAGGAGUAAAUGGGCAAGCUUUAAUUUCUCCGAGAAGUCGAAAGGCCAGUCCGACAUUUACCGUCUUGGGUUUCUUGAUCGGCAUCUGGAGAUGGGUCGAACCAGAUGACCUUGAGAGUGGCGGGAGACACUUCAACUUCAAGAGAAAAACCCAAGAAAUUGAAUUAGAUUCUAUGGGGGAUUUCAAUCAAUUUCGAUUCUUGAAACAGGAAAUGAAAAAGGGUUCUAGAAAUUACAGUUGGGUUCGUCGGGGUUGUAUUCUUUAUCGGAAUCUUCUUUUCUGCAGUCGAUUGAGAUGGAUAAGGCGCUUCUUCCGUUAUUUUCUUCAAAAAGGAUAAGAAGAAGUGUUCUGAUAUUCAAUCUUCCAGAGCAAGAUUCCCAACAGUUGAAGAAAUCGCAACCUCCAGAGAGGAUACGCAGAGCAGCAACGAUGUUGACACCAGCCUUGACUGUAAGUGACUGCCGGCGAGAAUUGUAGGGUGGCUAUGGCGAUUCCACAUCCUACCAGUUCUGCAACAGCGUUCUUGAACAGUUCUGUAAGGUCUAACAACAUAGCUGUUUGGCUGUUUGGCAGGUUUUACUCUCUUCUUAAAGGUAAUAUAAUUACAAAAAAAUGGUUUGCAGCCGGUGAUGUCAAUUUUUAGGUAAGGUCUGUAUUUCAUUAUCAUGUUCAUAAUGUUCAUUCUAUAUGGAAUUCCUACCAAAGACCUAAAAGAGGAGUUUAUGCUUUUGCUACUUGUGGGCUUUGUGAAUUAGCUUUAGAAGAAUCAAGCCAUUUAUUCCUUAAUUGUCAGUUGCCUAUAGACUUUUAAUGAGAUGUUAUGCAUGGUGGGGUUUACUUUCUGAGUUCCCUAACUCAUUUUUGGAUCUAUUCAAACAACAUGCCUGGUUCGGGUAUUACAAGUCAGUGAGGAAGGCAUGGUAUGUAAUCUGGGUUGGUAUUUUAUGGAGAUUAACGUUGACAUACUUUUUGCAUGAUGAGAUGACCAGGUCAAGAAGGAAUAAGCAAGAGCAGGAGGAGCUUUGCUGAAUAUUUAGUACCUCGAGCUCUUAUUGCCUUGAUGGGACCAUUUAUUUAGUGUGAGCAAGUUAUGUUCUU